AUGCCUCUGAACUUUCAAAUUGAUGCAUUAGAGAGAACAAAAAAACUAUAUGAACAUUCAUUGAGAAGUAAUUCUGAUAUCGUGGUCCAACAAAAUCUUAGGCAGAGCUCGACAAAACAACCGUACAUCUGUGAUCAAGAACAGUUGAAAUGUUUCAUCACAACAAGUAACUGGUCCAAAGUUUACUUCGUGAAAGAAACGGCGGUAAGAUAUCAAUUCGUCAACAGUUCAACACUAUCGCUUUUUGAUAAUGAAGACAAAGAAUUGUCAACAAAUUCUGAUGUGCCAUUUUUUAAAGGCGAUUCCUAUUUCCUUCCACUCAAUAAUUUAUUGACAAUGAUCUAUUGUUCCAAUCUUGAUGGGACUGAUAAGCGUAAAAGUUCAUUUCUUGGCCCAAUUUUCAAUCCUAAAAAAAUCGUUGAAAGCUUGGAUAACAACUUUAAUUACUACUAUAGCAAAACCGGCUGGCUAUCAAGCGCAUUCUUUCAAAAAUACUUGGAAGAAAUCAGCAACCAUAUAAAGCUGAGAUAUAGACAUCAGGGCAAAAAUGAACCAUCAAUAUUUAUGAUUUGUUAUGAAAGUCAUUACCAUAGCCUUCCUGACUUAUCAAUUCCUGAAAAUUAA